UGCCCUUCAAGUUGCCGGUACUGAAAUAAAUAACUUUUUUAAGGCCUCGAUUUGAAAAUAUUCGUGUGCAGAGAAAUUUAUUUUUUUACAAAUUAUAUCGAUCAGCAAAUUAUAUGUUGAAAAUGCUGCAAACUAAUUGCAACGACAAUACCUUGAAGAAUGAUCUUAAUAUAGAGGAGCGCAUGGAGGAGUUGAACAAAUGGCAAGAAGAACAAAAACGUCUGCUCGAUAAGCGCCAGAAUAUGCAACGAAAAAUGCUCGGUUUGGAGCAGCAGAACAUGUACGAGAAAAUGGGUAUAUUUCUUGACAACGACGUAAAUGGAAAUAACGUGGGGGAUGGCGGCGGUGACACUUCCUCGGAUCUAGCGAACAAAUAUGGAAAUAAAGAAAAUUUAGAGGUUGACAGAGAAAUCUCAGAGAUGGAGAAUAGAUUAUUUGAAGGUAGCAAUAAUAAUCUGGUGAAAUUUUCAAAUCUAAUGAAAUUGAGUCAUAUUUACUGCAAUGACGAAGAACUCGAAUACAAAGAGGUAAAACCAAAACGACCAUAUCUUAAACGCGGUGAAGGUAUAAAACAACGUUAUAAAAUCUCACCUGAAGCGUUCCGACUGAAUAAUUUACCACGUUAUAAGUACGCUACAACACAUCCAAAGGUUAAAAAUCUACAGCGACGCAGGCUGGUUCCCAAAGCAACACGUUCACAGGAUAAUAAAAAUGCGAAACUAAAACCAGUUGAUGCUGCUGAAGAAAUAAAAGAACGGGAUCUUAAUGAAAAGCAGUUUCAACAAAUAUCCAAAUCAAGAUUUGUUUAUAGCUCAACACCUGACGAAAAAUCAGCGAAUGUUAGGCUGUCGUCGCCAAUUUCUAUUACUUUACCAAAUGUGAGAUUAUCUCAAGGUGCAAAUGGAGAGUCCAACACAAGUGAGCAUAAUGAAGAAAAUGAGCAGGAACACCUAGUUGAGCCAUAUGCCGCAAUUACAUGGUCAAAAGUUCUCGACCCACAACAGGUGAAGCCAAUUAAGAUAAAAGAAAUACGAGCUGCUUCCGCUAAGUCUGAAAACAUGGAGAAGUAUGGUAAGAAUACCAAUAUAGAGGAUGAAAACUUAAGCAUUUUUGAACUUCUUGAACGACAAGCAGCCCAGGGAACAAUCGACAUGAACUCUAGCUGUAUGAGAAAAUUUUUGGAUCAUAAAAUAAUUUGUGAAGAAGCUGAAGAAAACGAAAUUGAAAUACCUAUAGACAAACGAUAUGCAGAUAAAACUUUGCGGCCUGCAGUCGAAGAGGUUUUAAAGGGUGAUUCAGAUAACGAUGAGCAUAAUAGUUCUGAUGAAGUUGAAGAACGAAGUGUGCGGUGUCAAGUGCCUAUAAAUUCUUCUUACAUGAGCGAUGAACCAAAAAAUGAUUCAACAUUAAAUGUUGAUAAGGUGGAUCUACAUGUGCACUUCUCCGAAGAGAAUACAACUUGUGAAUAUGAUAACGGUGAUGUUAUAUCGGAAAGCUCACUAACAUUGGAUGAAGAAGUAGCUUCAAAUAAGAGUUCCGAUUUAUUCCAUCAAUUCAAAGAAGCACUCUUUAGGGCACUGCUUGACAAGAACGAUGGUGAAGGCACCUGUAUAGAACAGACGCAUCCACCACCAUCUGCCCUAACGCAGGAACUACAAGAGAAAAGUAAUAUAAUUAAACUACGAUUGGAAGAGCUCGAAAAGGAAAUAGCCGCCUUCAGAAGUAACAACAUGGAAUUAAUACGUGCCAAACAGGAAUAUGAAAUGGAACGAGCACAUUUUAGCCAAGAGCGCAAAGAAGCGCUAGAUCGUUUGAAAGACGAUAAGAUUCAAAUGGAAAUGUAUCUGCACGACGAACGUAUUAAAAUCGAGCAAGAUAGGCGAAAGUUUGAACAUCAAAUGCGAGUGCAGAAACAAACAUUGGUUAAUAAAGAGCGAAAAGAAAUAGUACGGCUCAAGGAAGAAAUCGAAACGUUGCAAGUGCAGUUAAAGCAAAAGGAUCAAUUGCAUGCAUCUGCGCAGGCGCGAUUGCGUGUGCAAAUUCGAAACUUGGAACGUGAUCAAAAGCAACUAUAUGAAGACAUCGAACGAUUAACCAAGGAAAACAAGCGUUUAGAAAAUGAAAAACAUAAACUUGAACGGGAAGGCAACAACAAAAUGCUCAUGGAAAUAAAUAAAAACAUUGCCAAAUUGGCACCGAAGUUGGCCACUGUCAACGCAUGCAAUAUAGAAUAUCCCCAUUUGAAUAAAAGCACUUAUAGCAAAAACUUAAAAUCGACACACUCGCCGCCGAUAAUUCAAAAAUCAAAUGGUAAAGCUCAACGUGUGCUGAAAGGCCCACCGAAUACUCGGAACACGAGCAGAACGGAUUUGACGAUCGAUGUAGAAAAUCCUUGUACUUUACAAACGACAGGAAUGCCCAAACAUCAUAAUGAGACUGAUGUUGAUCUUGCCGAUGACGAUGAUGACGAAAACAUAAUUUCCGAACUGCAAUUGACACAGGACAGUAGAAGUGGUAAAACUUUGCAAAAUUUAAACAUUUCUGAAGGAACGGUCGUUUUGAAGCACGAUAGAGGUAAGAAUGAGAAUGAGAAAACGAAUAAAUUGGAAUCUGCAACUGUCAACUUUGGGGUAAAAGCAAUUGGAAAUAGCCAAUGUGGUACCGAAACAGGUGAACAUUUUCGACGAGAAAUUAUCAAUUCAGAUGGUAGCCGAGAUAUUUGGUAUCCGAAUGGCAAUUUGAAAAAAAUCUCAUCCGAUGGAUUGCAUAUACGGAUGCUAUACUUCAACAAAGACAUAAAAGAGACUAAUGUCGAUGAGGGUACAGUUAAAUAUUACUUCGCUGAAACAAAUACCUGGCAUACAACAUAUCUGGAUGGAUUAGAAAUCUUAGAAUUUCCCAAUGGUCAAACAGAACAUCGGUAUAAGAAUGGAGUAGUAGAAAUUCAUCUUCCUGACCAUUCUGUGAAAAUAAUAAAUCCAUCGGAAAAAGAUAAACUAGAGGAGUGGCGUUUUGCUGAUGGGACAAAUCUUAUACAAAUGCGAAACGGUGAUAGGGUUUUGAUACUACCAAACGGUCAAAAGGAAAUACAUACUAAACUUAAUAAACGUCGUGAAUAUCCCGAUGGCACUGUGAAGCUUGUUUACCCAGACGGAAGUCAGGAGACGCGAUACUCCAAUGGACGCGUGCGAUUGAAAGAUAAAGACGGCAAUCUUGUAAUGGAUACGGAAAGAAUAUAAAUAUGAGGUAGUUAUUUCAGCAACACCCUUUGUUAAUUGUAAAUUAAAAUUGUAAAACAAAAUAUAAAAAUUAUUUAGGAGUAUUUUUAUAAAAGAAA